CUACUACCUACUCUUCAUAUACUCCAUCUUUCUUCUUCCCACUCCUCAUAUUCCUAACCUUUUUCCACUCACAUUGCUACUCUCCUGCAAUCUACUCCUACUUUCCGGGAGUGCUUUCUCCUCAUAUCCUCUCUUCAUUUUCUUUAUACUAUCUACUCUCUGGGGCCGCAUCCGCGAAUUCGUCCCCGCCAGCGCUCUCCUCCCCACGCCCUCAUCAGCGAAAGUCUUUCCUUACCUGUCUCAAAAAUUCAGUCAGUCUCAGAACCCCUCCUAUCCCUUCCAGUCACUUGAUACUGAUAGCAGCCCUCCUUUGCCCCACGUGAUAAGAGGCGACACGCAAAGAGAGGAUCUCCCCACCCACUAUGGCUGGCACCAUGGCCGACGACGAAUUGUUCACACGGGCUAUCUCUGGGUAUCGGGACGCUUUUUUGGUUCGACACUCCCACCUUCCGGAAUCCGAGCGGAAUCAACUUUGGAGUCAGCGGUUAAGUCAGUUCAUGACCACCACGGCCUCUUCGUCAGCUUCCCCCUUCGAUGCCUCCUCCAGCUAUCGCCCGGUUCCCGGCUCUGGUGUUUCCGAAGACGACAGCGCUGCUUUGGAGAAGUCUGGGAAAAGGACGCGACAGGAUACCCCCCGGACUCUCCCUGGCUCUGGUCUCCCCCCACCGAAACGACGAGUCACCACUCCGGAACCUCCAGUGACCGUCGACUUGACACGCGAGUUGUCUCAUGCUUCCUCCCCGGCGGCCCCUGAGACAGCUCGGCGCUUGUCAAGAACCAAUUCACGGAAGGAUACCGCGGCUACUUUCUCGGGUCCUGGGUCCUCGCGACAAACGGCCAUGGUCCGCUCACAGAGUCAGCAAACGCCAGUUUCACACCGCCCGUCGCUGGCCGCCACCAAUGUGAAGGGACAUCGACACUCUUAUGGACCUCAGCGCGUGCAGCGUCGGCUUGACCAUGUGAACGAAUAUACCCCCUCGGAGUACGCCAAGCAAUACUUGGGUGACUUCCAAGGCCAAGGAAACGUUUCGGCUCUCUCCAUGGCGCUUUCGGCGGAUCCCGCGCUCUCUGGAUUUGACCAACAAAGGUCGCAGUUAGUUCAGGCCCAGCCUGAGCUGAUGGCCGAGUUCGCCACCUUGGCAAACCCCACGAUGGUUGACCAUCCGGCCGCGGUGGAGAUGAGCAGAAGUACUACCACAGACUCGCUUUGCGGGGGGUUUGGCAUGAUGAGGUUUGAUUCCUCCGGACCAAAUCUUGAUUCUACUUUCUCUUUCUCUGUGCCUUCAACCGAGUUCAUGCCUUCCAGUUCGCCGAUGAAAGUUCCCUUUCCCACCAGUUUCAACCCUCUGCACCAAAAUCCCACUCAUGAUCUCGCGUUCUCCUACCCUGACUCCGCUCCCUCAUUAUCUACUGAGAAUGACAGUCCCUCAUCCCUUUCCCAGCCCUCCAGAGCAGCGCGCAGAACCCAAGAACAGAUUGUGCAGGGCGCUCGCCCUAUUGCUCCCAAAGCGGAGCCUCAGAGUAGCUCACCACCCAAGGUGGGUGAGCAGCAUAAGAUGAUCAGGAUUUCAUCUUCCGAUGGGACGGCUAAAGAGGUGGCCGCCAUUCCCAAAGCUUCGAUCCAGCGGCCCACGCGCCCGAAAACGUAUUGCAACAUGUGCAAUGAUCAGCCGGACGGCUUCCACGGGGAGCACGAGCUGCGUCGGCAUAUCGAGCGGGUGCACGCCGUGGUUCGCAAGGUUUGGGUUUGUGUUGACAUUUCUCCUGACAAGACCUUCCUGGCCAAUUGCAAGGCCUGCCGCAAUGGCAAAAGAUAUGGUGCUAAUUAUAACGCCGCGGCUCAUCUCCGUCGAACCCACUUCAACCCCUGCCAACGCGGUCGGGGUGGCCGUGGCAAAGAUAGCGAGAAGCGCGGCGGCAAGGGGGGUGGUAACCACCCACCCAUGGACGUCUUGAAGCACUGGAUGGUGCAGAAGACCGAAUUUGUUGUGGGCAACGCUCCGAGUUUCAAUAACCAGGAAUCACUAGGGGAUGAUCUGACGGCUGCACCGCUGGUGGUUGGCGCUGAAGAUGUACAAUUCUCUAGUCUGCCUCUGGCAGCGGCUGACGAGAUUUCUUCUCAAGUCUUAGAGACCGCCCUCAUUGACGGGUAUGACCCCAUGGUUACGUUCCCUGCGAUGGGCAUGGAGAUUCCCUUGGAUCCGACGCCUUGCUAUUUUGAAUCUGCCACACUCCCCCCUGAGAUUGACUCGUAUGUGUGAUCGUGCGAUCUGCUAGGCGCUCUUUAUCACCUCAGCAUUAAUCUUGCAUUUUUGGGCAUUUUCUCUCAUCUUCUCUGUUUGAUCUCUUGGCAUCUCAGCCUGAUGUGAUACUAAUUCUUUGGCUUUUGGAUUUUCCUAUCUUGCGGGAUCUUCUUGUCUAUGAUUCUUUCUCCUAGCCCCAUUUUUUUUUCUACUCUUCUCCCGCCACUUAUUCUUCUUUUCUCUUUGGGUUCUCU